CAGCUGUUCAUCUUCCUCGCACUCACACUCAGACCGCAGCGGAAGUGACACAGUCAACACGCACAUUCACUCACAAUCCACUUCACUCCCUCAUCGCCCGCCGUCGCCGCCGCCGCGCCGCUUCUUCAUCGGCGUUGUAUCCGCCACACCAACCUGCGUAUCGACAACGCACGACACCUUACCAACCGCCACACGCCACACACGAACCUCACUUCCAUACUCGAACCAUUCGGCAUUACGCCGAUAGAAUGGGUCGAGUCUCCUUCGCCGACGAUGUAAAGCCACCUGCCGACGACCAUGAGAUCGAGCAAGAGCCCGUCAAUGUCUAUCCGUACCAGAACACGCCCGAGAACAAGUCUUGGGCGGGUGCUUUGCCAUUGAAGCAGGGUCUGUAUGACCCUGAGCUGGAGAAGGAUGCUUGUGGUGUUGGUUUCGCUGCCCACAUCAAGGGCAAGCCGAGCCACAAAAUUGUCACAGAUGCACGCAACUUGCUCUGCAACAUGACCCAUCGCGGCGCGGUGGGUUCUGACGCACGAGAUGGAGAUGGCGCAGGCGUCAUGACUUCUAUUCCUCACAAGUUCUUCAUCAAGAACUUCGAGCGCGAGCAAGGCAUUCAGCUGCCAGAGCUGGGCAAGUACGCUGUAGGAAACGUGUUCUUCAAGCCAGAGGAAGAGGCGUUGAAGGACACGCUCGCACAGUUUGAGGACAUUGCAGACGGUCUUGAUCUGCGGGUACUGGGGUGGCGAGAGGUGCCAAAAGACAGCACGCUGCUCGGUCCCGCAGCCAGUUCACGGGAGCCGAUCAUUCUACAGCCAUUCGUGGUAUUGAAAUCGGUCUAUGGCAGUGGCAAGGAGCUACCAGCAGACUUCGACGAGAAGUACGACGAGCAGACCUUCGAGAGACAGCUGUACGUGCUGAGGAAGCGGGCGACGCAUGUCAUUGGUCUGCACAACUGGUUCUACAUUUGCUCGCUGAGCAACAAAAAUAUUGUCUACAAAGGACAACUUUCACCAGUUCAGGUGUAUUCUUACUACCACGAUCUUGUCAAUGUCGAUUAUGAGGGUCACUUUGCACUGGUGCACUCUCGUUUCUCGACGAACACAUUCCCCUCGUGGGACAGAGCUCAGCCUCUUCGCUGGGCAGCCCACAAUGGAGAAAUCAACACGCUACGAGGCAACAAGAACUGGAUGCGUGCUCGCGAAGGUGUACUGAAGUCAGAGUUCUUCGGCGACGAAUUGGAGUCACUGUACCCUAUCAUUGAAGAUGGUGGUUCCGACUCUGCCGCGUUCGACAAUGUGCUCGAACUCCUCAUGAUCAACGGUGUCCUGUCGCUCCCAGAGGCUGUGAUGCUCAUGGUGCCAGAGGCAUGGCAGGGCAAUGACACUAUCGAUGGUGCCAAGCAAGCAUUCUACGAGUGGGCAGCAUGCAUGAUGGAGCCGUGGGAUGGCCCAGCCCUGUUCACUUUCUCCGAUGGCCGAUACUGUGGCGCCAACUUGGAUCGCAACGGCCUGCGACCUUGCAGAUACUACGUAUUGGACGACGACCGGAUCAUUUGCGCCUCGGAGGUCGGUACGAUUGCUAUUGACCCAACCACGGUCGUCCAAAAGGGACGACUGCAGCCGGGUCGCAUGCUGCUGGUCGAUACACAGGCAGGCAGAAUCAUCGACGAUGCCGAGCUCAAGGAGACCGUGUCCGGCCGCCAGGACUUCCGAUCUUGGCUCGAUGCACAGCUCCUGGUCCUACCAGACAUUCACAAAAAGCUGCUGGAUAAUGGCACCGACUUGUCGUUCAAGCUCACUGACACGACGGUCAACGAAGACCCCAGACUGAAGGCAUUCGGCUACUCACUCGAGCAAGUCAGUCUGCUCUUGGCUCCUAUGGCCGCAGACUCCAAGGAAGCCCUUGGAUCCAUGGGUAACGAUGCUCCUCUUGCUUGCUUGGCACAGCAGCCACGUUUGCUGUACGAGUACUUCCGGCAGCUCUUCGCACAGGUCACAAACCCACCCAUCGACCCCAUUCGAGAGGCCGUGGUCAUGUCGCUUGGUUCCUAUGUCGGACCUCAAGGCAACCUGCUCGAGAUAAACAAGGAGCAGUGCCAUCGACUGUAUCUGCCUUCUCCCAUGCUCUCCGUGGAAGAGUUCAACGCUCUGAAUCAAGUUUCAACGUUGCACUCCGACUGGAGCGUCGCGACCAUUGACAUCACCUUCGAGAAGAAGGAGGGCUUGGCCGGCUACUACGAUGCGCUCGACCGCAUCUGUGAGGCUGCCGGUGAAGCCAUUGAGAAUGGUGACAAGGUCAUCAUCCUCUCUGAUCGCAAGACAUCUUCCGAACGCAUCGCCGUCUCUGCUCUUCUUGCCACUGGAAUGGUCCACCACCACCUGGUUCGCAACCGAUGGCGUGCACAGGCCGCGUUGGUCGUUGAGACUGCCGAGGCUCGUGAGGUCCACCACAUGUGUGUCCUUGUUGGCUACGGAGCCGAUGCCAUUUGCCCAUAUCUCGCAAUCGAGUGUAUCCUCAAGCUCGAUCGAGAGGGACUGAUUCGCAAGAAGUUGAGCCCAGAACAGCUCAUCGACAACUACAAGCACUCUUGCGAUGGUGGUAUACUGAAGGUGAUGUCGAAGAUGGGUAUUUCCACUCUUCAGAGUUACAAGGGUGCUCAGAUUUUCGAGGCCCUCGGCAUCGACGACUCGGUCGUUGACCGCUGCUUCACUGGAACCGCUACCCGUAUCAAGGGUAUGACAUUUGAGCUCAUUGCUCAAGACGCGUUUGCGCUUCACGAAAAGGGCUUCCCGUCUCGCGACAUUCGCGAGAUUCCUGGUCUUGCCGAGACUGGAGAGUACCACUGGCGUGACGGUGGAGAGCCGCACGUCAACGACCCCGUCUCCAUCGCCAACAUCCAGGAUGCGGUUCGCAACAAGAACGACAAGUCCUACGAGGCAUAUUCUCGGUCGGAGUACGAACAGAUCAAGAAUUGCACCCUUCGAGGGCUGUUGGAUUUCGACUUCGACGCCACGAGCUCCAUUCCGAUUGAGCAGGUCGAACCGUGGACCGAAAUCGUGCGUCGCUUCGUCACCGGUGCCAUGUCGUACGGCUCUAUUUCCAUGGAGUCGCAUUCCACCCUGGCCGUCGCCAUGAACCGACUUGGAGGCAAGUCUAACACUGGUGAAGGUGGUGAGGAUCCAGAGCGCAGUCUCCCCAUGGAGAAUGGCGAUACCAUGCGGUCUGCUAUCAAGCAAAUUGCUUCUGGACGCUUUGGUGUCACUAGCAACUACCUGGCUGAUGCCGACGAGCUACAGAUCAAGAUGGCUCAAGGUGCUAAACCCGGUGAGGGCGGUGAGCUUCCUGGCCACAAAGUCUCGGGCCCAAUCGCCAAGACUCGUCACUCGACCCCAGGUGUCGGUCUCAUCUCGCCACCGCCACAUCACGACAUCUACUCCAUCGAGGACCUGAAGCAGCUGAUCUACGAUCUCAAGUGCUCCAAUCCACGAUCCCGCGUGUCUGUCAAGCUUGUCUCGGAGACUGGUGUUGGAAUCGUUGCGUCUGGUGUCGCCAAGGCGAAGGCGGAUCACAUUCUCAUUUCUGGACACGACGGUGGUACUGGUGCUUCGCGAUGGACUGGUAUCAAGUAUGCCGGUCUGCCAUGGGAGCUCGGUCUUGCCGAGACCCAUCAGACGUUGGUUCUCAACGACCUGCGUGGCCGUGUUGUUGUUCAAACCGAUGGUCAGCUUCGUACGGGUCGUGAUGUUGCCCUCGCUUGUCUGCUUGGUGCUGAAGAGUUUGGUUUUGCUACCACUCCUCUGAUCGCCAUGGGCUGUAUCAUGAUGCGCAAGUGUCAUUUGAAUACCUGCCCAGUUGGCAUCGCUACUCAGGAUCCUGAGCUCAGGAAGAAGUUCAAGGGCACACCAGAGCAUGUCAUCAACUUCUUUUACUACGUGUCCAACGAGCUUCGUGCUGUCAUGGCCAAGCUUGGUUUCCGCACUGUCAACGAGAUGGUGGGACACACCGAGAUGCUCAAGGUCCGCGAGGAUCUGCGCAACGCAAAGACGGAGAACAUUGAUCUCAGCUUGAUCCUGACUCCAGCACACACCCUGCGAUCUGGUGUCGCCACCUACAACGUUCGCAAGCAGGACCACAAGCUGCACACUCGUCUCGACAACAAGCUGAUCUCUGAAUCAGAGCUUGCUCUUGAGAAGGGUCUGCCAUGCCGCAUAGAGUGCGACAUUGUCAACACUGAUCGUGCACUCGGUGCGACUCUCUCCUACCACAUCAGCAAGCGUUACGGCGAGAAGGGUCUGCCAAACGAUACCAUUCACGCGAACAUUCGGGGUUCCGCGGGCCAGUCCUUUGGCGCAUUCCUUGCACCAGGUGUCACCCUCGAGCUUGAGGGAGAUGCCAACGACUACGUCGGCAAGGGUCUUUCUGGAGGUCGCUUGAUCGUGUAUCCACCCCGCUCUGCGGUCUUCAAGGCCGAGGAGAAUGUCAUCAUUGGUAACGUCUGCCUGUAUGGCGCUACUGCUGGUACAUGCUUCUUCCGUGGUGUGGCUGCUGAGCGUUUCGCCGUCCGCAACUCUGGUGUCACUACCGUUGUUGAGGGUGUCGGAGACCACGGCUGUGAGUACAUGACGGGUGGCCGUGUCGUCGUUCUUGGAAGUACAGGUCGCAACUUUGCUGCUGGUAUGUCCGGAGGUAUCGCGUACGUGCUGGACUUGCACAAGGACUUCGAGGGCAAGGUCAACCAGGAGAUGGUUGAGCUCUCUGGUCUCGAGGACCCACAUGAAAUUGCCUUCCUGCGUGGCCUCAUCGAGGACCACCACCACUACACUGGUUCUGAGCUGGCUGCUCGCAUCCUGCUCGACUUCAACCGUGCUCUUCCGCACUUUGUCAAGGUCCUUCCCACCGACUACAAGCGUGUCAUGGAGGAAGAGGCACAGAAGGAGGCUGCAGCAAAGAAGGCCGCGUACCCACUGCCCAUCCUUCCAGGUAGCGCUGUUCGCAACCUCCACGAGACUUCUCGUGAACAUGAACAUGCCGCUGAGAAGAAGAAGGCUAGCCUCGGCGACCUUGAGGAGAGUAUUUCGGACGCUGCGCGUGAGAAGAAGCGCUCCCUUGUUCUGGACAAGACCAAGGGUUUCAUGAAGUACCAGCGACGUGCAGAGAAGUAUCGACCAGCGAAGACCCGGACCCGUGAUUGGGCUGAGCUGAGCACUCGCCUCAACGAGGACGAGUUGAAGUAUCAGACUGCUCGCUGCAUGGACUGUGGUGUUCCAUUCUGUCAGUCCGACACUGGAUGUCCAAUCUCGAACAUCAUCCCCAAGUGGAACGAACUUGUUUUCCAGGGUCAAUGGAAGGACGCCCUGAACAGGCUGCUUAUGACCAACAACUUCCCAGAAUUCACUGGUCGUGUCUGCCCAGCUCCCUGUGAAGGUGCUUGUGUGCUUGGCAUCAACGAAGACCCUGUCGGCAUCAAGUCUGUCGAGUGCGCUAUCAUCGACCGUGGCUUCGAAAUGGGCUGGAUGGUACCAUCGCCACCUAAAGUGCGCUCUGGCAAGACUGUCGCGAUCAUUGGGUCUGGUCCUGCUGGUCUGGCUUGCGCUGACCAGCUCAACAAGGCUGGCCAUUCCGUCACUGUCUACGAGCGUUCCGAUCGCGUUGGUGGUCUGCUCAUGUACGGAAUUCCAAACAUGAAGCUCGACAAGAACGUCGUACAGCGACGUGUCGACUUCCUGGCUGCUGAAGGCAUCGAAUUCAAGACCGGCGUCUUCGUGGGCGAGGGCGACAUCACGUUCGAGUCUCUGCGCAAGUCAAACGAUGCGGUCGUCAUGGCCACCGGAUCGACUCUUGCUCGUGACCUCAAGAUUCCAGGCCGUGAUCUCAAUGGCAUUCACUUCGCUAUGCAAUUCUUGCACAAGAACACCAAGUCGCUCCUGGACUCGGAGCUUGCAGACAAUGCCUACAUCUCUGCUAAGGGCAAGAAUGUCAUUGUCAUUGGUGGCGGUGACACUGGUAACGACUGCAUUGGUACUUCCGUUCGCCAUGGAGCCAAGUCAGUGGUCAACUUCGAGCUGCUGCCACAGCCUCCUGCUCAGCGUGCCAACGACAACCCAUGGCCACAGUGGCCUCGUAUCUACCGUGUCGAUUACGGUCAUACCGAGGUCAAGACACACAUGGGUCGUGAUCCACGUGAGUUCUGCAUCAUGUCCAAAGACUUUGUGGACGACGGCUCCGGCAAUGUCAAGGGUGUCAACAUCAAGCGCCUGGAAUGGACUAAGAACUCCAAUGGAGGCUGGGACAUGAAGGAGAUUGAGGGCAGCGAGCAGUUCUUCCCCGCUGAGUUGAUCCUUAUCUCCAUGGGUUUCUUGUCGCCAGAGGACAAAGUCUUCGAGGGCCAGAUUGAGCUUGACGGUCGCAAGAACAUCAAGACUCCACCAGGCCACUACAACACAAACGUGGAGGGCGUGUUUGCUGCUGGUGAUUGCCGUCGUGGUCAGUCACUGAUUGUCUGGGGCAUCAACGAGGGUCGCAUGUGUGCCCGCGACGUCGAUUCGUACCUCACCGGCAUUGGUACUAUGCUUCCUGUCACUGGUGGUAUUGUCAAGCGACCCCCAUACGAGCUACUAUCCAAGCACAACGACGCUCCCAAGGAAUUGAUCACCGCUGCCGCAUAAAUUGAUGUAUUGCGGACACGACGAGGAAAUAAAUUUUUGGUGAGAGAGCAGUUUUCAAGAAAUUUCGCGCGCAAUGGAGCAUCUUAAUGCACCGGAUGGGAUACCCUUUUGAAAGAGCGUUAGGAAGUCGAUAGAGAACCAGACAGCAUGGAAUUUUGGCAAUGCAUGGAUGGAUGGAAUGUCCGAACAGUCCAGGAUAAUGCGCUAGCUACCAAAGCAAGUCGGGCUUUGCGGAGGCACGAUUGUACGAAUGGGAUAUCGCUUACGAAAUUGUUUUGUGGAUGAUGAGAGAAAAGAAAAAAAGGGGUGGCGGGGGGCCAAUUGAAACGACUUAAUGAAUUUUUUUUACCCCAAAAAGAGAACAUCGCAAUGCAAUGAGAGGGUUUUUGGCUUUUGGGGUUUGAAUUUGAAUUUACACACGAUCGGAAAUGCGACUUGAAUGUGUGUGGAUGGGUGGUUGGUUGUUGCUCGCAAGCGUUAUUGUUUUUUGGGAGGGGUUUUUAUGGCUUCUGCAAUUCUUCCUUUCGUUCUAUAUAGUAGUACAAUGAAAAGCGGGAUCUUGUACGCUUUCAUACACAUCGCAUUCCCCAUUCCUUCUUUUCAUGAAGUGAUGAUUGAUGAUCUUUCUCAUCCCUAUUCCUUUCUUUCCGUAGAAGAAGUGAUUGAUGAUCUUCUUUCCUUCUUCCAUCGACCUAUUCGUCGUCCCAUCACAUCUGUAUAAAAAAAAACAAUAUCGCCUGUCCAGCGAUAUCGUGUGAGAGGCUGCGCGCACUUUCUCUCGGCGCAAAACAUAAAAAAAGCGCUUUGCAAAAACAUUCCCCAGUCUUUCCCAGGCCGCAGAAAGGGAGAGAGGAAGAAGAUAAGACAAGACUCUUAAUCCGAAACCACCAUCCCCCCUUCCGUCAAAAUCUGAUGCGCAUUCGCCAAAUCCGCCAAUUUUUCCUCUUCGGAUUUCGACCGAUCAUCCAUCGUCGGUCGGUCAUCGAUUGUCGAUCGAGGACCAUUCUGACCAUGAUGAUGAUGAUGACGAUUGAUACCAUUCAGUGAAGGCAUCGUCAUCAUAGCCAUUGCCAUGGCCAUCAUAUUCGUAUCAUUCAUAUUCGUAUUUGAAUUACGAUGGAUAUUGCUAGUACUGCUCGACCGGAGCAGACUACUCAGGCGAGGACUUAGUGGUAGAGGGGGUAGUGUUACUCCUCCUCCUGCUCCUCCAGCAAGACCAGGACCAGGGGAAGGAGAAGAAGAGGAAGAAUCCACGGUGGAGAUGCUACUAUCGGAAUAAUUCGUCGUAGAAUACGAUUGUGAAGGAGCC